AGCAGCUCCCUGCGUAGAGCACAGUUCAAAUUUAUACUCGAUACCAGUCGGAACAUAUCUUUCCACAUUCCAGUGUACAAAAAAACCGUAUACUUUUAUAUAGUUUUAUAACUUGACCAAGUUUUGUUGCGAUUUGUGUGCUCAAAGAUUUUCUUUCGUUUAGUUUCAUUUUUUUUUUUCGUGCGGUUAACUAAUUUCGAGUGAUUUUAAUUUAUGGAUGCCAAACGCGGUAAUGCCUCCGUGGCACGCCACGGCCCAACUGGCGGUGGCUAUCAUGCCUCCAAGACGAGCAUGGCGUCACGCCACGCGGGUGGCGGAUGCGGUGCAGCCAUUGGACGCAAGCAGGUCAGCGAGGUCAGCAUAACGCCCAGCCAGUCUAGGAAUCAGGAUAACCCUCGCAAGAGCCCUUUGGAUGCCUUGAGCCGCAGUGGGCUCACUACACGCAACCAGAAUCCCUUCCAGCGUCGUUCGGGCUUGCAGGACGUGGAUGAUUCCUUUUUGGCCGCGAAUGCUUUUGCCCGCCCGCCCAGGCUGCGUCACUCUGGACUGGAAAGGGACUUGCAGCCAAGCUCUGGUCCAGGUGUGACUCCAGCUCGCAUGUCCGCUGGUCAAGAGCAAGUGCAGCAGCAGCAACAGCAGCAGCAGCCGCCGCCGCCGGCACAGCAGUACCAACAGAUUCCUCCCGCAGGUGGUGAACAGCCACCAGUGGCCGCCGUGCCCUCGUCGCAACAAUUAAUGCAGCAAUACGCGCAGCAGCCGGCCGCCGGUCAGCCAACGCGCCAUGAACCAACACCAACGGGCCGAGCUCAUGUCCAUCAGCACAUGCAGCAGCAGCAACAGCAGCAGAUGCCACAACAACAACAGCAGCCGCCGCCAGUCUAUGAGCAACAGCAACCCAUGGCCCCCACACCAGAUGUCCAAACCCAGAAUAAAUACCCAGCACAACAGCCUCAACAAGGAUAUAAUACCCAGCCAACGCCAGCAGCAAGUGCUGCACCACCGCCUGCAACUUCAUCAGGAGGAGCUGGAGCUGGAGGCACCGCAGCACCACCCUCAGGAGGAGCCGCUGGCAAUAAUGCUCCACCGGAUGCCGAGAUGUGCACCACUUGCCCCAACUGCCAGACCACCAUUUACUUGGUGCGCUCACCGGAACUAGGACACGGCGAUGCCGCCCGGCCAUACAAUGAAAUCUAAAUGAUUGACUUGACGGGGGGCGAGACUAGUAAAUUCCAAGUGAAACUAUUCAAAAUUAGAUUUUAAAGAUGAAUGACAAUCUCGACAACCUGCACUGGUUUUCCGAACGAACAAAAUUGUGUGUAAACCCAAAAUUUCUCAUGAACGAAUAUUUGGUGGUAGCAAAUGUCCAGUAAAUAAAUAUAAAUAUACAUGUA